GGCUGCAGCAGCCUGGUGAGCUGGGAGUCUCGAAAGGGGACGUGGGGCUGGCGUGCCCGGAGGGCCGCCAUCACGCCCCCCAGGGCCAGCAGCGAGCGGUUGAUGGUCUGCGCUUCCCGCAGCCUCCGGCCCCGGACCCCAGCCCUGCCACUGGACUCCGUCAUCACUGCCUUCCACACCCGCUCAGAGCCUGCCAGGUCCACCAGAGAGAGAGAGAAAAAGAGAGAGAUAUCAAGUGAUCACCUCCUCUUGGGUGGCAUCAGGUGGGAAUACGCGGUCCAGGCGGAAGUGACGCUGGCGUCCUCGGCUCUGUCCCAGAGCGGCUACGCCAACCCGGCAGUGCUCCUUGGACCGCCUACCCCAGCAGCUGGACAGCGCCAGUCCUUUGCCUCCUGGGCAGCUCGCUUCAGCCUGGGCCUGGCUUUUCCCAACACCCACCCCACGGACCCCUGCUGGUGGCCUUUGCCAAAACCACCCCCUCCUCCACUCCUGGUCCUCUUGGCACCCUUCCUCCCUCUCUCCCCGCAGCUCGAGCUGACGUCGUGUCCAGCAUCCUCCAAGCCCCACCACCUGCCCAUCCAUCCUUCUCCCUUGAGCUUCACCAAAGGUUGGGCAGAAGGCCCCUUCCUCACCUUCCCUUUCUCUGGCUCCAUGGCAAACAAGCCUGAGGAAUGGAGCACCCAAAUCUCCUACCUUGUUCUAGGAGUAGUCUCUCUACAUUCUGCUGUGCACACUGCCAGGGUGAAUCGAGGGGCUGCAGCAGGCUUCCUACUUCAAGCCCUAGCUGCCGCUGCUGCAUUGGUUCCUGGUCCCCAGACAGAUACCGAUAACCAGAUGGGAACCUGGGUGGCCACAGUCAUCGGCCUUCCUCUCUUGGCCUUUGAUUUCCAUUGGGUGAAUGGAGACCGAUCUACGGCCAAUCUGCUUCUAGGGGGUGGUAUGGUCCUGGGCAUGGCUGGGGACUAUCUGGGCACAGAGACCCGGGCUGUGGCUGGUCAAGCUGUGGCCCUGGUGGCUGCAGUAACUAUCCUCAUUGUGUCUGUCUUCACUGUCAACACUUAUGGAAUGGGUGGUGGUGUGGCAUUAGGUGCAGCCAGUCUCAUGAGUCGACUGGAGAAGGAGACUCUACUGCUGUUCCUCCAAAAGGAAGAUGCAUGCAGAUGGGCCCUGGCUGUGGGGAAUUGGGCUUAUCGUUGGGCUCUUCACACUCAGCACUUGGAAUUGGAUUGACCACUGCCUGGGGCAGAUGCAAGCAAGACCCCUUCAGGAGCAGAUGAUUCCUAUGGGUACUAACUCCAUUCUGAGGAUGCCAGUGAGGCUACCUGGGCAGGUGCUGGAUCCUGUGGGACUUGUGCUGGAGGAAAAGGCAAGGCAGGUGUGUGUGCUGGGGGCUACUUAUUAUGGUUAACUCUUUCUUGUACUGUGCUGUCAUCCACAUCUCUGGGGGCUUGUAUGAUCAGAAACUCGGGCUAAGUUUUCUCUCUGUUGUCAUUACCUUCUGGCUGCCUCCUUCCUCCUGUACUUUCCUGCUCCAUCCCUCAUUGGCUAGGACCUUCCUAUGGGUUAGCUGCCCAAGUUUUUUCUUUGUUGAAGAAAUACAACCCCAAUGAUUGCUGGAAUAUGGCAAGGGGAUUGGCACACCCUAGGCAAGAAAGGAUCCUGUGGAGAUAGAGUAGGUGUCCUGCUAGUGAGGGGCUCUGCCCAGAGUGGGUUUUCUAGAACCAUCACCCUCAUAGUUCCUUCCUAGGGCCCCAAGACUUCAGUAUUUCCCUACACCCAGGGAUUAGUACUCCAUUUGGUUGGGGGGUGGAGUGAGGAGGGAAUGUUGCAACCCUUGGGACCUACCUUCUCAUUUUCCUCUUACCAAGGAUGGAACAUCGAGGGACAUAUGAGUUUUAUCCAAAGGGCACUGUUUUUGGCUGAACUUGUAUAUGAGACAGGAGAGGAAUCUGCCUUCUGCCUUUCAGUGACAUUUUAAUAAAUAUUAUGGAUUAUUAGGGAAAUGUGAGUCUGCCUGUUCCUGAAGGUAACCUGGCCAUUUCUGUUCCAUGUACUCAAUCCCCAUAUGGCCAAGGCUAACUCCAUACCUGAGCUCAGGGGCAGAAUAGGCUCUAGUCUCAAACUACCCAGCAGGGUGGCCCUGGGGUGGGGGAAAAGGAGGAAUAUUGGAUUUAGGGUGCCCAAUCUCUUUCAAUGAAGAAAUCUUUCCUUUGGUGGCCUGAGGUCCCAUAUUUCCCAGCAGUUACCAUUUAACCACUUGGAGUUAAAUAAAUACAGUAUUCCAAGUUCCCAGUAUUGGGAUCUA